AUGGAGCGCUGCUGGUGGCCCGGACCGGGCCGAGCGAGCAGCAGAGGUUGCUCCGCGACCUGGAGGACUUCACCUUCCGGGGUUGUCCUGGAGCGCUGCUUCUUGGCCUCGAGUGAGCAAGAGAAGCAGGAGCAAAUUGAGGUCCAGAAGGAGAAGCAGAGAGAACUUAUCCUGCAGCUCAAGACACAACUGGAUGACCUGGAGAUGUUUGCUUACAAAGAGGGCAGCUAUGAUUCUCUGCCACAGUCUGUGGUUAUGGAAAGACAAUGGAUGAUUAUAAAUGAGUUGAUAAAGAAACUGGACAUGGACUUGAAUGAAGAUAUUGCAAUGCUCUCUCCAGAGGAACUGCAACAGUGUGUGGAUGCUGCCAUUGCACCGAUUGUUAAUCCUGGCAGGAUGAAGGAGCAGCUGGUGGAACAGCUGAAGACACAGAUAAGGGACCUUGAAAUGCUCAUCAACUUCAUUCAGGAUGAAGUUGGAAGCUCUGGGAAGGCAGAAGAUGGAGACUGUGAAUGUGCAGGCAGAAAAGGUGGCUCCUACAGACCAAAUACACAGCCUUCUGGAAACAAAGUGAACCCAGAAGAUGCCAGGAAGAUGCAAGAAACAGGCCUGCACCUUAUGUGCUGUAUGCUUGCUGUGCUGCAAAUAUUUGCUGUCAGACAGUUUGGCUGUGCUAUGGGUCAGAAUCCUCAUACCCUCUGGCAGAAGGACCAAGCCAACAAGGAUUAUUCCCCCUUAAUUAAGAAACUGGAGGUGUCAGUAGAGCGGGUGAGGUAGCUUGCUCUGAAACACCAGCGGGUAGACCAUGUCAUCAGUUCCUCCAACCUGCAGGACAUUCCCUUGGAAGGCAGAGAUGAGCUGACCCUGGCUGUGCAGAAGGAACUGACCAUUGCUUUGAGAGACCUGAUGGCUCAUGGGCUUUAUGCCUCCUCUCAAGGAAUGAGCCUGGUAUUGGCACCCAUCGUGUGCCUGAUCCCCACCUUCACCCCCUUGCCACAAACCAUGCACCCCUGAGAGCUCUUUGUGAAGUAUUACAACGCCAAGAAUGGACAGGCCUUUGUGGAAUCCCCAGCUUGCAAGCUCUCCCAGUCCUUUGCCUUGCCUGUGACAGGAGGAGUGGCCAUCACCCCCAAACAGAACCUGCUGAUAGCCAUUCACACCAUCUUCAUGGAGCAUGACCUAUUCAAGCACAGCACAGACUCAAAACUGAAAGCUCUGGUGUGUAUGGCCCUGAACGAGCAGUGCCUGCUCUCCUGGCUAAACCUCAUCUGCAAAACUGGAGCUCUGGUGCAGUCCCACUACCAGCCCUGGAGCUACAUGGCAAACACAGGCUUUGAGAGUGCUCUCAAUGUUUUCAGUAGCCUCAUCAACUUAAAAUUCAACCUCCCAGUUGACCUGGCUGUCCAACAGCUGAAAAACAUCAAAGAUGCUUUUUGAUGUAUUUUUAUUGGAGAUCAUCCUUUUUUUUUUUUCCCCCACAAGUAGGCAGCUGGGCCCAAGAUGUCUGGCCUUUUUAAGACCAAGUUUGGCUCUUUUAAACUGAUAUUUGCCUUUAGGGAAAUCUUAAUGAUUUCUCAAUGCUGGAAAUCUGUGUUUUACAAGGCUGCUGCUGCAAAGCUGCUGGAGGUCAGGGCAAGGUGCUUCUAGGCAGCUCUGGAGAACAGACCCGCCUUGCUGCUGAAUGUUCAGCAUGUGAGGCUGGCUGCCCUGAGCGAGGGAAAGCCUUUUGGCCUGUGCAGCGUGGCUCCUGUGCUGCCUCCAAGGGGUUAUUCUUCAAAGGUUGUGCUUUAAGUGAUGCCCUUACAUGACCCCUCUCACAGAACACAAGCUUGUCUGGAGGGGGAGCCCCGGGGGAGGGACUCACCUGACCGCGGCCGCCAGUGUGUGCCCGCCCGGGGAGCGGAUAGUGGGGGCGACAGACGGAA